AUGGAGGGCGAGGUCACCGCAGCGGCGGCGGCGGCGAGGAACCCGAGGUGCUACCUCGACGUGAGCAUCGGCGGCGACUUGGAGGGGCGCCUCGUGGUGGACCUCUACGCCUCCGUGGUGCCGCGCACGGCGGAGAACUUCCGCGCGCUCUGCACCGGCGAGAAAGGCGUCAGCGCCGCCACCGGCGCGCGGCUCCACUACAAGGGAUCAUGCUUUCAUCGUAUCGUCAAGGGUUUUAUGGUGCAAGGUGGAGAUAUAACUGCUGGCGAUGGAACUGGGGGCGAGUCUAUAUAUGGAUUGAACUUUGAGGAUGAGAAUUUUGUUCUGAAGCACGAGAGGAAAGGGGUGUUAUCAAUGGCCAAUUCUGGCCCCAACACAAAUGGAUCUCAGUUUUUCAUUACUACCACCCGAACUCCACACCUUGACGGGAAACAUGUGGUUUUUGGGAGGGUUGUAAAAGGACUGGGGGUGGUUCGCGCAAUGGAGCAUAUUUCUACUGGGGAAGCUGACCUUCCAACAUCUGAUAUCGUUAUUGUUGAUUGUGGGGAACUGCCAGAAGGUGCAGAUAACGGAGUUGUGAAUUUCUUCAAAGAUGGUGACAUGUAUCCUGAUUGGCCAAUUGACCUCGAUGAAAAGCCUGCAGACGUUUUGUGGUGGAUUAAUGCUGUGGAUUCUGCAAAGUCUUUUGGAAAUGAAAACUUCAAGAAACAGGAUUACAAGGCUGCACUCAGAAAGUACAGAAAAGCUAUGCGGUAUUUAGAUAUUUGCUGGGAGAAAGAAGAGAUAGAUCAAGAGAACAGCUCAGCGCUGCGGAAAACAAAGUCAAUUAUACUCACCAAUAGUUCUGCAUGCAAACUGAAGUUGGGAGAUUUGGAGGGUGCUUUAUUAGAUGCAGACUUUGCGCUGCGUGAAACGGAGGGCAACGCAAAAGCUUUUUUCCGUCAAGGACAGGCACGCAUGGCACUCAACAAUAUUGAUGGUGCACUUGAGAGCUUCAAGUUUGCCCUGGAUUUGGAGCCCAACGAUGGAGGAAUUAAACGGGAGGUGGCUGCUGCAAAGAAAAAGGUUACUGGCAGGCGCGAUCUGGAGCGUAAGGCAUUUUCCAAGAUGUUCGAGACUUCAGGAAGUUCAGAGAAAAUUGACGAAGAUAAGAACUUAUCCCCCUAGUGCAACUUUUCUUAGUUUCACAUACUGGGAGCUGCCAGCUUAAGUUUCAGGUAUACUGAGGGAGUUUUUUUGACUUUUUUCAUGGCAGAAAGUGCCGGUGGACUACUGAGAACAGCAGGGGCGCUCCUGAAGCUUCUGUGUUCUAGUGUAGAGCAGGUCACAAUGACGUCGAAAGAAAUGUCUUUCACAGACUGAACUCUAUAGACGUCUCUGCUAAUUAACAAUUUCUCUUGACUGAACAUUUUUUGGUCGAGAAUUAAUGGAACAUUGUUGACAACAUGAAA